UGUUUGUUUGGGGCAGGUUCGCGUGAUCUCCUGAAGCUGCGUCAGCUGAUAUGGAUCUUUAACUGGAAAAACAAGCACUGCUCUCAGCUCACUCCCUGUCUGUACUUUAGAGCUAGACAUGAAGGAGCUGAGCCUGAGCCACUGCCUCAUCCUGGCUGUGUGCGUGUGUGCGGUUGUGAGAGGAGCUCAUGAUGAUGGUGGACACACUGCUGGGGCCCCUGGGGCCCCGGUGGAUUUGCCCGACUCGGACCCGGGACUCCUGAAAGCGCUCAGAUUCGCAGAGGAGCGCUACAACAUGCUGUCUAAUGGGCUCCACAUCCACAGAGUCAGCAAGAUCAUAUCUGCUACCAGACAGCUUGUUAAGGGAGUGAGAUACAGCAUCAACGUAGAGAUCGGACAAACUCAGUGUAAGAAGUCUGCAGCCCUGCAUGUUACUGAGGAUUGUGAAUUUUUCCAAGAGUCACACAAACAGAAGACAGAGGUGUGUUUGUUUGAAGUGUGGAACAUUCCCUGGGAGAACAAGUUCACUCUGCUCAAACAGAAAUGCCAGCCUGCAGGUCCAGCUGAGACGAAAAAGGUUGUGCGUGUCCAUCUCUCUCAUGACAAGCCCACUCAGGAAACUGUAGACCUUCUGAUGCAGUUCAAAGACUUCAUUGUCAAGUACAACCGUACAUACACCUCUCAGGAAGAGGUCGAGAAGCGUCUGCGUAUUUUCCAGCAGAAUCUGAAGACCGCGCAGACACUGCAGACUCUGGAUCAGGGAACAGCGGAGUAUGGUGUUACCAAAUUCAGCGACCUGACAGAGGAUGAGUUCAGAAUGAUGUACCUGAACCCCAUGUUGAGUCAGUGGAACCUGCAGAAACAGAUGAAGCAAGCAGCUCCUGUGAGUAAGGUGGCUCCAGACAGCUGGGACUGGAGAGAACACGGAGCCGUCAGUAGUGUCAAGAACCAGGGCUUUUGUGGUUCUUGCUGGGCUUUCUCUGUCACUGGGAACAUUGAAGGACAAUGGUUCAAGAAAACUGGACAACUGCUAUCCCUCUCAGAGCAAGAGUUGGUGGAUUGUGAUAAGCUGGAUCAAGCAUGCGGUGGUGGGCUUCCAUCCAAUGCAUAUGAAGCUAUUGAAAACCUUGGAGGUCUUGAGACAGAGACGGAUUACAGCUACACGGGACACAAGCAGAGGUGCGAGUUCUCCUCUGGGAAAGUGGUGGCCUACAUCAACAGCUCUAUAGAACUGCCCAAGGAUGAAAACGAUAUUGCUGCUUGGCUGGCUGAGAAUGGCCCCGUCUCUGCUGCCCUCAAUGCUUUUGCCAUGCAGUUCUACAGAAAGGGAGUGUCUCACCCUCUGAAGAUUUUUUGCAACCCCUGGAUGAUCGAUCACGCAGUUCUGCUGGUCGGAUAUGGAGAACGUAACGGCGUUCCAUUCUGGGCCAUUAAGAACAGUUGGGGAGAAGACUACGGUGAGCAGGGUUACUACUACCUGUACAGAGGAUCCAAUCUGUGUGGAAUUAACAAGAUGUGUUCAACCGCGGUGGUUAAUUAGGAUCAUAUACAAGCACACACACAUGCAUGAACAAGUGUAUCAUUCAUUUUGGAGAAACAAAACCAUGCACAAAAAAAGAUUUGCAGUGUUCGAACCUGUUCAAGCUGUGAUGUGUGAACUUUUCAAGUAUUAACUCUGUGUCAUUUAUUACUACCACUCUUCAGUUUAGAAUAAAACACCACAGAUCCGAAAUGGCAUGGAGGGAUGAAGUGUCUGUACCUCAUAUAACCUCCAUUUCUGUUACAAACCUAAUGUGCAACAUCUCUGGGCUUGUUACUGUGACAUGAAGCUUCAGAUCAUUACGUUAAACCUUUACAUUAGUGUUUUAUCGUGUUUGCAUUAUAAUUUAAACACUUAGUUUUAGAAGUGCUGUUUUGACGUUAAUGUUAAUUAAUAUUUGCUUAUUGAUUUCAUGUUUAUCAUGGUGAUAUGGGGGGGGGGUCCUACUUGGGCUAUAGUUCUACUGAUUUUGGAAGUUGCUAACCAUAACGAUGACUAAUUCUGAAUUUUGUUGAAGUUAUUUAAUAACACUGAUUGCUGUUUGAGUUUUCAUUGUAAUUUUGAUUUAAAUUUAGAUAACUAUGCUCCCAAGAAACAGAAAUUAUUUCUCUCAGAUUGAAGUGUGCAUAACAUACUGCAUCGAGUCUAUUCAAGUUUAUUGUUCAUGAUGCCACUGAAAGUGUGGCGCAAUACUAAUCUGUUAAUCUUUUGAGAUAAUUUCUGCUUCUUGCAUGGUUUCCUUGUUCUUCAUCUUGGCCAAUCUGUUGAAUAAAGUCAUUAAAUUCUCA